AAGACAAAGACACACUUCUAUUCAUUGAUCUGCUUUUACCAAAGCACGUUUUCACCCACAAGCACAUCUUCAUUUUCACUGUUGCCGAGACCCCAACAAGAACAGCCGAUAUCAUGGGAAAACUGCAAGAAGAUUCUCCAGAGAAUUCCCCACGCAGCCCCGCCGCGGCCCGCCGCCGGUCGAGCUUCCAGGUGGUGCCGGCGCUGGUGGAGCCCGCAAGAGUUCUGGUGGAGUACUUCUGUGGUGCUAUCUUCUUCCUUCUCCUGCCGUUCUGCCUCGUGUGCUACGCCUUCUCGUUCGUCCUUGACAACACCCUCCUCUUUCUCUUUCUAUGGUGCGUUGUGCUGUUCGGAAGCGUCUACAUCUUCAUGACGCUCUUCGACAAGCUCCUGGACUCAAAGCAGAAACACGCCACGCAGCACGUCCGGGACGAAGUUGCAAAAAGCAAAGGAACUACAGCGUCAGGCAAACUUACAGAAGGGACAAACAAUACGACAAAUUCUGUUUCUGGACGCGAGGGUGCCGUGCAUAUUGCGCCUCACGGGCAGCUGGAGCCGUUUCCGGUCGGGGCGCGCCUCCGCAUGGGUUUUCGUCGAGCCGUAUUCCCUGAAAAUUGUUCAUCCCUAUCCACUUUUGGCAUGGAUGACAAGAUAAACUGAAUCAGAAUCCACUCCGUGUUUUGCACGACAGAUUGGAUCAUGGGGAUGGUUAAUUUCGAGGGAAUAGGCGGAGUUUGUCUGGACCGCGAAGCACAUUGCGGGUAAAGAAUUGCGAAAGUGGGAAUACGUGACCGACGAGCAGGGCGACAAACUGUUUCACGAGCAGCCGUCGCUGACGUCGGACGAGUUCAUCGAGCGCAUCAAACCCUUUGCGGAGUUGCCCGAUUGGGUCGAUCACGAGUUGCUCAAUGCGGGGUGCACGUUUUACCGCUCGCUCUGGCCGCUGAUAUCUUACCAGUUUUCCUGGGCGGUGGUGGGCGGGUUCGGCGCGGAGGCAGCCUCAGCCGUGCUGUUGAAGACGCGGUACUGGGCCGACAAGGGCCCCACCGGGAAGAUCGACACCUGGAACCGGUUACGAGAAACGCUCUGCUUCCUGUACGACCUGUGCGGCCACGGUGCGAGUGGCUUUGACGUGGACGGCCCGGCGUGGAGAAGCUGCUUACUCGUCCGAUUUCUGCACGCCCGGACGCGUGAAGGGGUGUGGAGACAAGAUAGGGCAAUAGAUGUUGACCACGAUGAUGUUCUACUUCACAAUCAACAACAACACGCGGCAAACAACGCGAACGUAAUUCCUGCGUCUGGCUCGAGUGCCUUCACGACAGCAACCGAACGCGACAGCCAGGAUCAUGAGGAGCGCGACGACUCAGACAACUCAGAAGAUGGGCAGCACCCCGACGGAGAGCACAACGUGAUCAACCGGACGCCGUCGAAAGACAGCGACAGCCCACAGUCAUCUCCGAAAAAAAGAUGGGACCGCGAGAAGUUCGGGGAUCCGAUAAACCAGGCGGAGCUGAUCGGCACACUGCUCGGCUGCUCCGCGCUGCUGCUGGACGGCAUGGAAGAAAUGUCGUUUGGCGCCAAAAUCCCGAAGCACCAGCGGGAGGGGUUCCUGCACUUGUGGCGCCUCGUCGGGUUUCUGUUUGGCAUCAAAGAGGAGUGGAACCCGAACCGGAACAGCGAGCACGCGAAAAUCGUGAUGCAAUCGCUGUACACCUUCGGGAUCCCGGCCCACCCGGACCCGAAGCUGUCCGCCGUGCUGGCCAACCACAUCAUGGACUCCGUCGCCGAGGGGGUGAACCAGGACCUGCUGAAAAAGAGCAUGCCGGGGUUCGUCAGCUCUAGCAUGGUAUGCAUUGCAAAAGCAUCGUACUAGUAUAAACUGCAUGACAAAUUUGCCCAAGAACAAAAAUGCGAUUUGUAAUGCUGUUUCCCGUUAGAAAAUAGAUCUGUCAUGCAUGGCUGCAAUCAGUACGAGUACGAUACUUUUGCACAGGAUACAUGGUCGCGACCACCGGGUGGCUCUUCCUCGGGGACGAGUACGCCACGGCACUGGACUUGCCGAAACUCUCGCGGAAGGACCGCAUCUACGGCUCGCUGCGGAAAUGGUCUCUCGGGCUGUGCUUGUUCGCGUAUUUCCGCUUCAUCGCAUUGUGGGAGCUUUUCCGGGUCACUUUGGUGGUCGAGUACGCCAUGCACUUACUCUUCAAGAGCGCGUGCAAACAAGUGUGGAACACCCAACCCAAAUGCCGCUUCGCAAAAUCCCUGUGCCCCUUUGAGAAUCUCGUCCCCGGAGGAAGAAAGUCGACGAGAAAAAGCGAGAUGGGCAAGCAAAAAACGGCAUAG